AUGAUGGCAGCAGUCAUCGAGACGGCUGAAGAGGGAGGCGUUGAUCUUUUCCUUGCUUACGGCAUCAAAACAGGAAGAGACGACAAUAAGAACGAUGACGAGGCAGAAGACGCUGUCGGUGCCCAAGCAGGGGAUGAUGCCGAGUUGCGCGCAGCAGAGCUUUGCGCAGCGGAGCUUCGCGCAGUGGAGUUAUGCGCGGCGGAGUUGCGCGCUGCGGAGCUACGCCAGGCGGAGGUGCGCGCCGCGGAGCUGCGUGCUGCGGAGUUGCGCACGGAGGAGGAGCGAGCUGCGGAAGUGCGUGGAUCCGAGUUGCUGGUGCGCACCAUUUCAGGGAACCAGACAACUUGA